AUGGGGAAACCCACUCGGGUGUGGGACCUAUACCUGGCCCAAGCCUUGUUCGCCACAAGAGUCAGGGAACAUGCAACGUCCGGCAAGAGCCCAUCCUACUUGGUGUACGGCACCCACCCACGCUUGCCAGGAGACACGGAACUGGUGACAUCUAUCCGAAGCCCUGCGGAAUUGGACAACAAGAUUAUAGCCAUCAACCACGCACGGGCUUCACCCCCACGGAACGAGUGGAAGAAUCCCGGCCAAGGGAUUGGAACCCCGCCCACGAAGCGGAAGAGAAGACUCAGGAAGAGAACUUCUGCCAACAGCAAUAGCCGGACGAGCCUACCCAAGGAAGGGUAG